AAGGUUAUGACAGAUGGUGGAAGCAACAUGAUAGCGGCGCAUUUCAAUGGCUUUCCUGGAUGGGAGGACGACGCAGCUCAAAUUUUUGAUGAUGAUUUUCCAGAAAUUGAAGCUCGCCCAAUCCAUUCUACCCAUCAUGAAUCAACUGGUGAAAUAGAAAUGGUCGAAGUGGAGCUGGAUUUAGAAGAUCCAUAUGGAGUUCUUCUUGGUGUUGAUGUUCCAUUUUCCGACGAAGACAUUUUGGAAGUAGUUGGAGAUGUAGAAGACGCAUCUGAAAUCCAAGAUAUUGAAACCAGCUUAGAAGACACUUAUCUAUUUGAAGCCCAUACAUGGACGAAUACUGCUGAUGAACAUUACGUCUUAACGUCGUCGUUGCGAUCCACCUGCAUCGCGCACACCCUUCAACUAGUCAUUAAAGAUGCAUUGUCAACACUACAGGGUGUUGCGCUCACGGCCAUAAAUCGAGCCAGCAAAAUCGUGAACUACGUCCGUAACAGUGUCAUUGACACUAGGACGUUGGUAAAUUCCGUAAAUUUCCGGAUACCAUCAAAAAAUUUGACGCGAUGGAAUUCCUAAUAUUUGAUGCUGAGUAAACUUAUAGAGGCAUUCGAAAAG